CCCCGCCUCGCCCGCGCCCCGCGCCCGCAGGAGACUGCCUUCGGAAGAUGUCUCUGGGAGCCAGUCGCCUGCUGUCGAACACCUCGCGCUGGCGCUGCCACCGGAAAAUCUGGUUGCAUUCGGGGGAGGCCUGCUAGGGCUGCGGGCCGGGACCGCGGGCCUGAGAUGAGCGGCCCGUGGCCAUGAACAGAUACACAGUCCUCAAGCAGCUCGGGGACGGCACCUACGGCUCCGUCCUGCUGGGAAGAAGCGUGGAGUCCGGGGAGCUGAUCGCCAUUAAGAAAAUGAAGAGAAAGUUUUAUUCCUGGGAAGAGUGCAUGAACCUUCGGGAGGUUAAGUCUUUAAAGAAGCUCAACCAUGCCAACGUGGUGAAGUUAAAGGAGGUGAUCCGGGAGAACGACCACCUUUAUUUCAUCUUCGAGUACAUGAAGGAGAACCUCUACCAGCUCAUCAAAGAAAGAAAUAAGCUGUUUCCGGAGUCUGCUGUAAGGAAUAUUAUGUACCAGAUACUACAAGGCCUUGCGUUUAUCCACAAACAUGGCUUCUUCCAUCGGGACCUGAAGCCCGAGAACCUCCUGUGCAUGGGCCCCGAGCUCGUGAAGAUCGCGGACUUCGGGCUGGCACGCGAGAUCCGGUCCAGGCCCCCAUACACGGACUACGUCUCCACUCGGUGGUACCGCGCGCCGGAGGUGCUGCUGAGGUCCACCUCCUACAGCUCCCCCAUCGACGUCUGGGCCGUGGGCUGCAUCAUGGCGGAGGUGUACACGCUCAGGCCGCUCUUCCCUGGAGCCAGUGAAAUCGACACCAUUUUCAAAAUUUGCCAAGUGUUGGGGACUCCCAAGAAGACUGACUGGCCUGAAGGCUACCAGCUGUCAGGCGCUAUGAACUUCCGCUGGCCUCAGUGCGUGCCCAACAACCUGAAGACCCUCAUUCCCAACGCCAGCAGCGAAGCCGUUCAGCUCCUCAGAGACAUGCUGCAGUGGGACCCCAAGAAGCGGCCGACGGCGAGCCAGGCGCUUCGCUACGCUUACUUCCAGAUUGGACACCCGCUGGGCAGCGCCGCCCAGAGCCUCCAGGAGGCCGGAAAAGCGCAGAAGGAGAUCCUGGAGAAGGCAGGGCCCCCUCCUCCCCUCAAGCCCGUCCCGCCCGCGCAGCCCCCGGCCAAGCUGCACGCGAGGGUCUCCUCCCGACCCCAUCAAGCCAACCCAGCCCCCCCGCGCCGCAUGUACCCCUACAAAGCAGAGGCCUCCCGCGCAGACCACCCGAGCCAGCUUCAGGAAGACAAGCCCAGCCCGCUGCUCUUCCCGUCUCUCCACAAGAAUCCUCCGCUGAAAGCCGCGGCCGGCCCGGAGCCCCCGAGCGAGGCCCUGAAGCCCGCGGGCCGGCGGCGGUGGGGCCUCACCGCCAGGUCCGCGAGGGACGCGGACGACUGGGCCGACCUGGACGGCUUGGGUUUCGGCUCCCCGCUCGCCAGGAUCGACGCGCGGACCAAGAAGCGGCAGAGCGAGGAGGCGCUGGGCAGGUUCGAGAGCGUGGUGGACCUGAAGCCCCCCGAGCCCGCGGGCGCGGGGAGCAGCGCCCCGGCCCAGCCGCCCCACCCCCGGCGGGACACGCCCACCCUGCGCGCCGCCGCCAAGCUGCACUACCUGAGGCACGCGCGCUACCUGCCCGGAAUCAACAUAAGAAACGGCGUGCUCCCGAGUCCAGGCAAGGACUUCAUCCCGUCCAACCCGUGGUCCAGCUCGGGCCUGUCUGGCAAGUCCUCGGGGUCAGUGUCAGUCAUCAGCAAGUUAACCUCAGUCGGCUCGGGCUCCACCAGUUCCAGUGGACUGACGGGGAGUUACGUCCCCUCCUUCCUGAAGAAGGAGAUUGGCUCUGCUGUGCAGAGGGUGCAGCUGGCGCCCAUCCCGGACCCGCCCCCAGGCUACUCCUCGCUGAAGGCCGCGCGGCCGCACGCGGGGCGGCCCUUCUUCCACACGCAGCCCCGGAGCACGGCCGCGCUGGUGCCCCGGCCGCCCGCCGCGCAGCCCGUGCACGGCCGCCCGGACUGGGCCGCCAAGUACCCGGCGCGGCGGUGA